AUGUCGUUAACCAAUUCUCGGUUUUACGAGGAGAAGUAUCCGGAGGUGGAUAGCUAUGUUAUGGUCAACGUGAAACAGAUUGCCGAGAUGGGCGCCUACGUGAAACUCCUCGAAUAUGAUAACAUCGACGGAAUGAUCCUACUCUCCGAACUUUCGCGAAGACGUAUCCGUAGUAUCCAGAAGCUGAUCCGUAUUGGCCGCAACGAGGUGGUUAUUGUGCUCCGUGUGGACAAGGAGAAGGGCUACAUCGAUUUGUCAAAGCGACGAGUUUCUCCGGAGGACGUUAUCAAGUGCGAGGAGAGGUACAACAAGAGCAAGGCGGUGCACUCAAUCUUGCGACAUGUUGCAGAGGCCACUCAGACCCCGCUUGAGACGCUAUAUCAGCAGAUCGCGUGGCCCCUGAACCGGAAAUACGGCCAUUCUCACGACGCAUUCAAGAUUUCGAUCACGAACACCGCAGUUUGGACCGAUGUCGAAUUCCCUAGCGAUGCCGUGAAGAGAGAGUUAACUGAAUACAUCGGAAAGCGACUUACGCCUCACCCAACGAAAGUACGUGCCGAUAUUGAAGUUACUUGCUUUGGUUAUGAUGGUAUCGAUGCGGUCAAGAACGCUCUGCGGACCGCUGAAGCAGAGAACACCGCUGAAAACCAAAUUAAGGUUAAGCUGGUUGCUCCUCCGCUUUAUGUCUUGACGAGCCAGUGCUUGGACAAGACCUACGGUGUCAAGAUGCUUGAAGAGGCCAUUAAAAGGAUUGAGACCGCAAUUAAGGGCGCCAAUGGUGCUUGCACGAUCAAAAUGGCUCCCAAGGCUGUUACGGAGCACGAUGAUGCUGCUCUUCAGGAGCUCAUGGAGAAGCGCGAGCGUGAGAACAUGGAGGUCAGCGGAGACGAGAGCCAGUCCGAGAGCGACGAGGGCGUCCCUGAAUAG